GAUAGCUAACACCCUUCUAUCUGCAGCGUGAUAUCGAAAAAGAGAAAUAAAAUCAGGAAUUAAUUUAUAAAAAACAUAUGGCAUUAGAGACGAUACACUGAAACAAACACAAGCAAAGGAGGAAUAGAGCGAGCAAAGGAGCCGUUUCUAAAUUUUAUCCGUCUACUACUACUACUAUAACUACUCUUGGUCCUGGAUUCAAGUCCAAAGUACAGGGAAUAAAUAGCGCCACUAUCGCAGUAAUACAUGAUUAGAUUUCGACAGUUCGUGUUACGGGUAAUAGAUCGGGUGAAGCUGACAGUGACUGCAACCGGUUCCGGAGCAAAACCAAUGGAGAGCAGGCUCGAUCAAUGGAACAGCAGAUGGGAGGAGAACAAAACCGGAUGGCACCUACAGGACGUCAACUGUGUCUUGCUUAAUCACGGAGAUUUAUUGCUUCCGGAACCGAGUCGUCGUGUCUUAGUGCCCCUUUGUGGAAAAACGCUAGAUCUCAAAUGGUUUUAUGAUGGAGGGCAUACUGUUGUUGGUAUUGAAGGAAUUGAAAUGCCAAUAGCAGACUUUUUCUCUGAACAUGAAAUUCCCUAUGUUGUUGAGGAGUUUCCAGAUGGAAAGCUUUAUAAGUCUAAAGAUGGCAGACUCCUGAUGUAUUGCUGUGAUUUAUUCAAACUUAAUGCAGCUAUUUUGGGAAAGUUUGAUGCCAUCUGGGACAGAGGAUCUCUUGUGGCAAUUUAUGAGGAGGAUAGAGAUAAUUAUGCAAAGUUGAUGAAGUCAGUUCUGGCACCUGAUUUUCGUUAUUUGGCAAGCAUUGUCCAGUACACUCCGACUGACAAGUUUUCAGGGCCUCCUAGGAAUAUACCAACAGAAUUGCUCCAGGAGCUUUAUGGUGAUGUAUGCGAGAUUAAAGUCGUAGAGUCAAUAGAUCGUUCACAAGAUGAAAAAGUUCGUAACACUUGGGAACUGGAUGCAAUGGAUGAAGUUGUGGUGCUUAUGACACCAAAACAUUAAGGAGUAAUUGAAGUUGAGCAGAUUUUUUAAAGUUUAAGCAUUUAUUUGGUAUGUUAUUAGGUUUGAAAUAUUGUUCAACCCUCAAGACUUGAAUAAGCUUAAAAAAAAAAAAAAAUAGAUGUUGGAGGUAGUUUGGUUGUUGUCUCAAAGCUGUAGUUAAUAUUUUAAUUCAAACUUUUUAGUCUAUGAUAUAAUAGUGAUGGAUAUUUCUUUUUCAUGUGAUUCUAAUCUUUCUUUUGUACAAAUAUAAAAAUGUACUUGUACGUAGUUAAGUUCGACGGAUACAUUUCAAGAGGGAAACUGCUAAUAUUUCGGAACUAAAUACUAGUAAUAACCCAAAGAGUUCUCAAGAAAGUAGUAUGAUAAACAUGUAGAAUACUAGUUUUAUGUCCAGGUAUGGUAGUGGAGUGCACACCUUACUUAUGUGGUGUGACUUAAAAUGCAUAGUUCUUUCCUGCAGGGUAAGUAAUUUGCAACUGUUUAUACUAAGUUAGUAUGAGAGGUAUUUUUGUAAUUGAAUGAUAUAUUUGUUAUUCUUGUGCUUGUUAUAUGCCAUCAUUGAACUCUACUAAAUACCCUUAAUUUUACUCUAGUUUUAUGUACUUUAUUUUCUAUAGAUAGCUAAUAAAAUCCUCAAUGUAUAUAUUAUUUUGAGUAUGAAACUAUCUUACUCGGGUAAAAAUUUUCCUAAGAAUUACAACUGUUUAUUUGCUAUUAAAGUAGCUUUAAUGGGACUGAAAAUAUUUCAAUGUUCAGAUAGAUUGUUACUAUGAUUUCAAAAUUUCUGUGUUAAAGUCUAAUACAUCAUAUGCAAAACAUUCUAAAGAAUUAUAAAUCGCCUGAUUGAUAUAUUAUUAAAUUUUUUAUUUCACUUUAAAACAAAGAUAACUUCUGUGUACAUUAGUCCCUGUUGGGGGGUAGUGCUGUCGUGCAUCUCAAAUUAUGCACUGUAGGCAUCACUAAAACUGACUGCAGCAUUCCUCUAGCCUGUAGCUGCACCCACUUUAUAACAUUUACUUCACCUCCAUUCCUGAUUCCUAUCUUUUAGGUUGCUGUCCAACCACUCCAACUCCCUCUUUUCACUGUCUUAACCACUGAGUGAAUGAAAGUGUUCCAGUACUGGGCCUUACAGCCAAAUUUUUGCAAAUCAUCAUAGUACAGACGUAAUUAGUAGUGGGAAACGAGUAUAUAUAAAGAUCCUUUUUUUUUUAUAAAGAUAAUUUUCUGAACAAAUGUCCCAAAUGAACUGUAAACUCAGUGAAAUAGAAACUUUAGAAGUACUUGUGAGCAGGGCUAGGAGCAAAAACCCAGUGAUUGGUAGUAUUGUAACCUUUAGCAGAAAUAGGCCAGGAAAUUAUUUAUCAUAUGAUAUUAACUACUAAGGCUGUAUAUGGAGUAGGUGUAAACAAAAUUAUCAGGAUUGGCUCUAAAUAAAUUGAGUUUAGGAGUGCCAGUAACACCCUUUGAAUGUAAGGUUUAAAAGCUGUCUCCAGUCUUUUACUGCCAGCUUGAUAACCAACAGUGCACUUCCACCAUCUAGGAGGUUCAUAGAAGGUUGUUAUAUGAAUAUGGCUACCGUAGAUACCAGUCCCAUGUAUAAUUUUGACUGGCAACAUUCCAGUAAUGGAAAUGUUACGUAAAAUUACGUAAAAAAUCAGGUUAGGAUACUUGAAAAAUCAGGUGAAGAUGAAACUGUGGUGUCACAGUAGCUGUUUCAUCACUAGCUUCCAAGCCCUAAGAGUGGUGAGGAUUUUAUACCUGUUGUUUGGUUAGUCAGACUGCCCCACAGAAGUCACUGACCUAGCCAUCACAAAAGGUGAUUUUCCCUUGACUGGCAGAGGGAAAGAUGGAUUAAGCACCUGCCCCAAGAAAUGGAGGAAUAUUUCAAUACAUUUUUAGAUACGGUGUAUCUAAAAUUCAAUUCUAAGUGUAAAUUACAAGUUAGUUUUGGGUAGGAACUUUGUGGAAUUGCUGUUAGUCGUAAGAUAUCAAGGAAAUAUUCAGGUGGAGGCUGUGAUACUGGGUCUUUAUUACUUAGUGUACUUUGUUACUUAUCAGAAAGGCCAAAUUCCCAAAGUGUCUUUUAGGUUGAGGUGCUAUUGUAUUCCUUUCUAUCUUUGAUUUUGUGCUUAAUUGCUCAUUUAUGAGUUUUGUUAACAAUUUUGUCGGAUAUGUGUCUAUCAUUAAUCUUGCGAUCAAUAGAAUCCACAUUUAUUUUUCGUGGUGGUAAUGAGUAUUCUCAUUUUGCUGGUGUUGAUGGUAUAUUUUCUUAAGAUUAUGUGUAAUAUAUUCAUAAAUUCGUAUAGUACUGCCAUUUAGUAGUUACUUUUCAGCGAUGAAUUUUUGUUUUGCAGUUCACUGAAAUCAUUGUACAUGAAAGAUGAUUUAUGUGUGUGUAUGAUCAGUUUAUUUUAUAGCUACAGUGACUGAAUUUUGAAAAGAGCGGGUUUUAAUGGUUUCAUUACUGUAACUUGUAUAGCGUAAGGUUUUAGCAAAUACUAUCAUAUGCCGAAUCUAUUAUAGAUAGAUCUCAUCAUGCUUUUGUUGUUAGUUGACGUUACUCUUAACGAAUGAAUAAUUAUAUAACAACGAUAAAUGUCAUUUUAAUGUAAUUUCCAACUUAUGUUCUGUCUAAAAGUAUGAACAUUCUAUAAUGCAGUGAUUAUUAUAUCCUCAUGUAAAAUUAAAUGGCUAAGUUUAUUAGCCUUGGUCCAGGAUAUGCUGUCAAUUUCCUAGGAUACAUUGUCAAUAUUCUUUACUUUGGAAAAUAAGAUAUAGUUAUAACACCAAUAUAUACUACUUUAUUUGUAGCAACAAAAAUAUUUUAUUUAUGAAAUAAAUUGGAAAUAUAUAA